AUGACCUCGGGACCAGAAAAUUAUGACGAAGCUGUGAUAGUUCUGGAAGAUAGUAAUGAUAGUUUUAUAGUGUCUGAUGAACAAAGCACUCAUCGGGUCGUAUUAGAAAGCCAUUCAUUUAUUGAAGCGGGAGCCGCAGCAGAUGAUAAUCGAAGACCCGAACAGCCACAUUAUCGAGCAUCACGUGUCAUCUGGAGUAGUGACGAAGAAGCCGACGACGAUAAUGUAAAUAAGAAACGUCGCCGUAAACCUUCUCAUAGUGAUGGCAGUGGAGAGAUUGACGGUGAUGAAACGAGUUGUUCAAUUUGUUUUGAAGCGUAUACAAUUUCAGGUGGUCAUAGGGUAGUAUGCUUGAAGUGUGGACAUUUGUUCGGACAAUCCUGUAUUGAAAGAUGGAUUCGAACCGAAAAAGCUGCCAAAUGUCCGCAGUGUAAGGCUAAAGCACGACUUACUGAUAUACGCCGCUUAUAUGUACGAGCUGUAAAGGCGCUUGACACAACGGAAUUGGAAUGUUUGAAAGAAGCGAAUAACGCAUACAAGGCUGAGAACGAUAGUUUACGUCUGGAAAAUCAGCGUCUAAAAGAAAAAAUUGUAAAAGAAGGAAAAUGUAAUCCAUACAAAGCUGAGAUCGAAAGGCUAAACCUUGAAAAUGCGCAGUUAAGGGCGAGAAUAGCCCUUCAGGAGAAGCAUGAAAACAAAUCGCGAUCGACGAUACCCCCUGCUGCUAAAGUGAUGAAAGGUGCUUAUUUUUCACUGCAUGAGGGCCCGGUUAUUCAGUUGUCGUUGGAACCAGGUUCUCGAUCACUAGAUGCGAAUGGCGAAUGUUUCGUGGUAGCUUGUAAAGUUAGGAACGAUCUGUUUAUGCCUUAUGGAUUGAAAUUGAUCACAGCGGAUGGUCGUGAAGAUACGGUAAUUCCAGUCCACAGCAGGAAACCUCGAUGCUGUAGAUUUUCACCUUUUAAUCGUCAAAUAGUACUGUCGACUGGUGAAGAUAAUACACUUUGUGUUACGAGCUUCGAUGAUCAUCCGAGAGUCCAGCAUCGUAUUCCCAUACCGGCUUCUGGUUGGUGUUGUUGCUGGUUGAGCGAGGAUGAUGUAGCAGUUGGUCUGAUUAAUGGUAGGGUUUUGAAAUUCAGUCUCCACAAUCCAGCAGUUGAGCCGUUUGAUAUAACUUGCCGCAGAGGACGUUUACCUAUCAUAAAUUUGCAAUUUUGCACAAGGCAGUCUUUACUUUUCGUUACAUCGCUAAAAGAAUGUGUACUUUAUCAUCAUAUGCAACCAUAUAUCUUGGUAUCUGAUCAGGGUGAGUUUUUUUUUAUUUUUUUAAAGACAUGUUUAUGGAAUGUGAUGGUAGCUUUUGGUGUUCAACUUCACAUCAGUUUCAGGUUCUAUAAAUUCGUUUUGCUAUGAUCAGGAAAGUGGGAAUGUGAUGUUAACAUUUGCUCCCAGUCAACGGCACGAAACAGUGACUCAUAUUUUGUAUUCUUUGGACUUGGAUGGCGAACACAAGGAACUACGUCAUAUUCAUACCUACAGAAGUCUUUCAAAAAAACUCACACGUGUAAUCAGAAGUGCAUUUUGGACUACGCCUCAUGGUCCACUUGCCGCUAUUUAUGAUGAGGCUAAUUCGCAUGUGGUUAUUUAUGACUGGAUACGCAGAUGUCCGACGGUGGUGAAACGUAUUAACGAUAUGGUUGUUGAUAUCAGAGAGAUUGUGUCGGGUGACAUGCAACAUUUUCAGUUGGGAUGCUUAAGUGAAACAGCAGUUUAUUUCCUCGAUGCACGAUGUUAAAUUUCAUUUCUGCUGAGAAAUUCUUUUUUUUUUUGCUCAUUUCUCAUCAGCACUUUGUCGCAGUAUGAAUUAGGUUCCACUAAAUCUGAUAGUCCUGAUUUGAUUUGACGAUUCCUUUC